AUGCGGAUUUCCCGGAUUUCCUUCGCGCUCUCGGCGCUCAUAGCGGGUGCCAUUGCAUUAUCAGGUGCAACGGUACCUCCCGAACUGGCAGUUAUCGGUGAUCCAUCGACGGUGUUAAACGCGACAUUUUCAGUUGGAUCGACAGGGUUUACCUUUCAUCCCGCCGAAUUCCUGAAUGCAAGCACUGCCAAAAAUGUACCCCAACCGCAUCUGCACAAUCUUGGAUUGGCUGCCAAUGGCUCCUAUGUCUUCAUGAUGGUUGAUCCUGACUGGAAUAAAACAACCCCUCCCUCAGUUAUCUUGCAUACUCUUAUCGCCAACCUAACCACCAACCUCAACAGUACCAGCAAUGAGGACGUCAUUGCGCAAUAUAUAUCGCCAGACCCAACAUCUGGCACACACAACUACACCUUGUUCCUGUUCGAUCAACCCUCGAAUUUCACUAUACCCAGUCAAUAUGGGUCCUUCAUGGAAACGACUGAUGAGACUCCACUCAACCGCUUGAACCUGCCUCUAGAGAACUUCAUUAAUGUGACCAGACUUGGAACACCGGUCGCUGCUAAUUACUUUCGCGUCACGGCGACGACAGUUAGCAAUGAUACGAGCACGAGUACGAGCACGAGCACUCCGAGUCCAACCAGCAACAGUACGGCUGCUAGUACUUCGUCCAGUGGUGGGGGUAUCAGGAUCGCAGGGAACCCGAAUUGUUAUGUAACUAGUGCACUGGCUCUACUGGGCGCAGCGCUUGCUGUUGUCUAA